AUGGAUGAUAAAGCUAUUGAAAUACUUUCAUAAAUAAAUUUUGAAUGCAUGAUUAAUAAAUAAAUUUUAUUAAACUUACUUUAAAAUGCAUUAAAAUAAUUUAAGGAAUAAACAAAAGUUUAUUAUUACGACAACGACUCUCAUUCUGUAACUUUAAUAAUAGAUAAUUCAGAUGCUCCAAUUUAUUUAAAAAUAUGUCUUUUUGAAUCAGAUCAAAUGAAAUUGAAUUCAUCUGAUUUAGUAGACUCUCAAGUAGCUUACAAGGUGUCUUAAGUUGAAAAUUUUGCUUUGUAUUACUAUGAAAAAAAAUAAUUUGAAAACCUGAGAAAAAUAUUUUAAUUAGACUAAAUCACUGAAGAAACAUCUAAUCUUAUUAGAAAUCUUCAAAUUAAAGAUUGUAUUAGCAUGGGAUAGUAAGACUGCCUUGAUUUAGGAAAUUAAAUAAGCAAAUGCUUUAAUCUUUCUACUCUUAACAUUGACUUAACAUUGUGCACUUUCUUUAAAUAUAAAGGAUGUGAAUAGCUCGCAGAUGCAAUUUCUAAAUGUUAAUUUAUCAGAGAAAUUUAUUUAGAAUUGAUGAAAACGAACAUAAAAAAAGAAGGAGCUACUGUUUUAGGUUAAAAAAUAUCAAAAUGCUAAAAUCUUUGUAAAAUAACAUUAGGUUUAUAAGAAAAUGAUAUAGGAUCGGAUGGCCUUUCAUCUAUUAUAGAAGGGAUAAGCAAGUCAAGCUAAUUAGAAAUGCUAACUCUUUAUCUUCAGGAUAAUAAUAUUGGUGUUAAUGACUUAAGUUAAUUUUCUAUUUAUCUUAAAGAGUGUUAAAAGCUUAACUUUUUGCAUUUACAAUUAAGCCGAAAUAAAUUCGAUCAGAACUCUUUGAAACAACUUGCACAAGGAAUAGCGUUAUCGUCAACUUUAAAGACCUUGAUUUUAAUUAUCUCAGGAAAUAAAUUAGAUGACUAUAGUUUAAGUGAAUUAGGAAAGGUUCUAGCGAAUAGUUGCAGCAUUUAAAAUAUUACAACUGAUUUUUACCAGCUUUAAACAAGCGAAAAUAAAAAUUAAGAAUAGGCUUCACUCAAAGAAAAAAAAUAAAUCUUCUAAACUCUGAAGACACUAAAUUUGGAUCUAUUUGCAAGCAAAAUAAACUAAUAAGGUUUAUUGAGUUUAGGCCAAGAACUAGCUAAAUGCUAACAAUUAUCUCAGCUUGAAAUGGAUUUUAAAGCUAGUUAAAUAGAUGGUUAAGGAUUAGCUAACUUUUCGCUGGGAUUGAAAGAAAUUGAUAAUUUAACUAAUUUAACAUUAAAUUUCAGUAACUACAACUGUGGAAAAUACUAUAACAGGAUUAAUUCGAUUGGAAUAGAAGAACUAGCAAAAGGAAUCUCAAAACUUAUAAAUUUACAGUUACUAAACUUGAAUUUAUAAAACAAUAACAUCACCAGUGAAUCAUUAAUACAAAUUGGAAACUCCAUAAGCAAUUGCUAAAAGUUAAUGAUUUUGCUAUUAAAUGCAUCUAAUCCUAUUAACCAAAGUUUAGUUAACAAUGAGUUUUAUUAGUUUAUGAGCUCAGUUUGCAAAUGUAGAUUGUUGAAGCAAAUUUCUAUUUCUAGGAAUUAGAGCAGUUCAUGCUAGCAAAUUAAUGAGAUUAAAAAAUAAAUAAAAUAACUAGAGCAUCUUAAUUAUAUAAAAUUAUAAAUAAGCGAAGCUUAGGAUUAUUAUUUUAGGUAAUAGUGUGUUUGGUACAAUCAAUUUUGUAAGAUUUAGACUUUCAAAAAAGCAAAAAGACUUGUGCGCUCCUAAAUACUUUGA